GGGCUCGUCAUCUAUCAGAGAAGGAGCAGGGACGAAAACCGGCCCCAGAAACUUUCUGAGAAUCUUGAAAACCCUAAAUCCCGGAAAUUUAAAAGGAAAAAAAAAGAAGUAAAAUCCCCCAGCAGUUACGCUGCCUACUCUCCUCCGCCUUUUUCAGCAGUCAGUAGACGGCAAGUCAAGUCGGUUCGGGAGGGAGUAGUGACUGAGGGACUAAGUGAGGUUGGGAGCAUAUAACAGUGAAGUAGACUAUGGGAAUACCGGCAUUCUAUCGGUGGCUAGCAGAACGAUACCCGCGCUCAGUUGUCGACGUUCCAAUUGAUACCACCGCUCCAAACCCUAACGGCCUCGAGUUCGAUAACCUCUAUCUGGACAUGAAUGGAAUCAUCCAUCCCUGCUUUCAUCCCGAUGGAUUGCCUGCUCCGGAGACUUAUGACCAAGUAUUUAAGGCGGUAUUCAAGUACAUUGACAGAUUAUUCUCCAUGAUUAGGCCGCGCAAACUUUUUUACAUGGCAAUUGAUGGUGUGGCACCGCGUGCCAAGAUGAAUCAACAGCGGGCAAGACGGUUCAGAGCUGCUAAAGAUGCGGCAGAUGAAGCAUCUAAAACAGAGACAUUGAAAGGGGUCCAUGUGCCAGAAGGAGAGGAUUUUGGAAAUAAGAAGCUGGAUUCUAAUAUAAUUACUCCUGGAACUGAAUUCAUGCAACUCUUGUCAUCUGCACUUCGAUAUUAUGUACACUUGAAGAUGAACUCCGUCUCCGGUUGGCGAGGAAUCAAGGUUAUUCUGUCUGAUGCUAGUGUGCCUGGUGAAGGGGAACACAAGAUUAUGUCUUACAUCCGUUUGCAAAGAAAUUUGCCAGGAUUUGAUCCAAAUACACGACAUUGUUUGUAUGGAUUGGAUGCAGACCUGAUAAUGCUUGCAUUGGCUGCACAUGAAAUCCAUUUUUCUAUUUUGAGAGAGGAUGUCCGCAAAGCUCUGCCUAAGGACAAAAACCAAAGACAAGAAAUGGUGAAGCCAAUGCAAGGGGAAGGAUAUCUUAGGGAUUUUGAAGCCUUUAUAUCAAGACAAAGAUUUCAGUUUCUCCACAUUUGGGUACUCAGGGACUACUUAGCACAUGAGUUGCAAAUACCGGAUGCAACAGUGAAAGUUGACCUGGACCGACUCAUAGAUGAUUUUGUAUUCAUGUGUCUGUUUGUUGGUAAUGAUUUUUUACCACAUGUGCCAUCGCUGGAAAUAUCAGAGGGGGCAAUUGAUUUGCUCAUGUUGGUGUACAAGAAAGAGUUCACUCAAAUGGGUGGUUAUCUUACUAAUUCUUGUGAGGUUGAUUUGGAGCGGGUGGAGCAUUUUGUAAAAGCAGUUGGAGCACAUGAGAAUGCCAUAUUCAGGAAACGUGCACAGGCACAAAAAGCAUGGGAUAUAAACUUGAAACGUUGUUCAGUUAAAUCUAGAGCCAUGGAAGUUCAGAGUACAACAGACCAUUUUUGUACCGAAACCAGAUUUGCAGUUGACAAGGUCAAAUUAGGAGAAGAGGGAUGGAAGGAAAGAUAUUAUAUUGAAAAAUUUGAGGUUCAAAAUGAUGAAGAGUAUGGAAAAAUACAAAGGCAUGCGAGCUCCGGCUCUGUACCAAUUCCUGCCAUGAACUACCGAGCAGCCAUGACUGGAUCGACUGCUCACACAAGAGAAGACUCAUCCUCGUCUUCAGUAGUUAUCCAAACUACAGAUUACUCCGCUUCAAAUUCUUCUUCCCUACAAAUAACCGUUCAUAAAUUAAAUGGUUCCAAUUAUCUGGAAUGA